AUGAACAAGUGGAUCCUGUUCGAAGUUGCUCAAGCUAGAAGUGCUUCAGCUUUCAAGAGCGAGCACAUCAAGGAGCUUACAACAUCCCUGCCAGGCCUAUAUUUCAAAGCAUUUGAAACUAUCAGCCUUAUUCACAAAGUCCCCAAGACAAAUGUCCUUUCACUUCUUAUUCAAGAUCAAAUCCCUGGCAUCGAGAGAAGUCUCAGCGAGCUGGAACGAUACGAUAGAACAUGUGCUACGCAGAAAGAAAGAGUUGAUAUCGAUUUGAAGUCACUGGAAGAAAAUUCGAAGUUACUCAAAUGGGUCAAAGGCGACAAGAACCCAGAGCCUUCGCACAAGAGCGUAAAAUUUCAAACAGGGAUUGAAAAAGGAGAAUCGCAGGCCGCUGCCUGGUUUCUUAACACAUCUGUGUUCAAGUCAUGGAGAGAUGGUCUUGCUUCGGAAAAGGCUGAACGAGUCUUUUGGCUGAAAGGAAUCAUGGGUUCCGGGAAAACAACUCUCAUUUGUCGGUUGAUCUCCUACUUCGAAGUAUAUCCCAUUCAUGAGACACGGGUGGUAUUUUAUUACUGCUACGGCAGUGCUACAGAGAAGCAAAACCAAGGUCCUAGUUAUGAAGAAAUCAUACGGGGCCUAUGUCGCAGACUAGCAUGGAACGACGGCGGCGAAAUUGCGCAGCCUGCCAAAGAAUUCUAUCAGCAAUGCACCAGUCUGGACGAUCAAAAGCCUCACACGAAUAGAUGGGAACAACUGCUCCGCGAUCUCAUCAUUCACAGCAAAGAGCGGAUUCUGUUCAUAAUCGAUGCACUUGAUGAAUGCAGUGCCAAAGCAGAUCGACGGAAGUUCCUCAAGUUCGUUAGAGAUAUGCAACAACAUGGAGUAUACAUGAUACUCUCGUCGAGGCCACAUGCUGAAGUUGACGAAUACUUCAAAACAUCAACUAUUCGAUACUCUGUUGUGACGACAGAAGCUAAAGCGGACAUGGAAGUCUUCAUAAAUGAUGAGAUCUCCAGAAUACGAACAGACCCUUCCCAUUCACAAAGUGCGUUUCUAGAAAACGAGAACCUUGAACUUUUGAGUGCCACAUUGAUCAACCAGGCCAAUGGCAUGUUUCGUUGGGCGCAAUUGUGGUUGGGAGUCUUCUUCAAUCCGAAUCACGAGUCUGUUGUAUUGAAAAAGACCGCAAAGGGAAUGCUCGAGAUGCUGCAAAAAGGAGCAGCACUACCCACCAACGGUGAUGGUAAUGAUAUGGCGCAGGUUUAUCAACAGCUAUGGGAUAUAAAUGGUGAUGGCGACGAGGAUCGGAAACUCCGUCAAAUACGAGCCUUCCGCUUUGUCCUCGCGGCAGAUGAACCUCUUCAAACUCAAACACUGCUAGACGCAAUUCGUUUCGAUCCAGAAGCGCCAACAGAACUCGCCAAGGAGAUUGAUGUGGUAUACCUCCGCAAGCUGUUCCACAACUUCCUCCUGGAGCGAUCGGGACGCCUCGAAUUUGAGCAUGUUUCGGCCAAGACCUUUAUUUUGAACAUGCAGGACCCUGCUAGCAAGCACGUUAUAUUUGACGACGACCUAGAGAACCAUCGCACCAUCGCAGAAACCUCAUUACUUCUCUUGAGAAAUCCGGAUCAUGAGCUUUGGAAAGAGGCUCAUGUCCAUUGGAAUUCGAAUGAAGUGCGCGCCUUUAUCAGGAGACAUCAAGAUUUUGACGAAGCCUGGGAGAGGGCUGUAUUAGCAGUCUUUUCGAGCCGCUACGAUGUGGAAGAGCUCGCAAGAAAAUUACGGGAUCCUGAUCUCCGCCUUGAGUUUCGCCUGGAUAAGGAGCGCCUUAAUGCCUCUUGCUUGGCACUGUAUGUGCUCUACUCAUGGUCGAAGCACUGCUGCAAAAUCCAUGACAACGGUUUGAGUGCAUCAUUCCGGCGCCUGCUUCUGGACACUUUGAGAGACAGGCCAGUGACGUUGAAUUACUUAGAGGCAAUGAGAGUAAAUCAGCUUCCCGCGGCUGCCGAUAUCGACCCUCUGAUCUUUGCUCUAAGUCAUGGAUUAUCUCCUUUCCAUUCUCCUGGCGGAGGUAUUGAUUUGACCCCGAAUCUAGGCGACAUCAUGGCCCGAAAUAGUGUCGGAGAAACAACGCUGCAUAUUGCAGUUCGAAAGAAUGACCAUCGCUCAGUAAAGGCUCUUCUACACAUUCAUUCAGAAGCGGAUUCCAACGUGCCUCUACUAUAUUCUGUGGACAACGAGGGAAACAACGUUCUCCACGUUGCAACAAAAGACGAAAUCGUUAUGAUCUUGUUAGAAUUCGAAUCUAAAUGGGCGAAGACAACCAGUCUCCAUCCAGAUAAGUUACAAGAUAGCGAGCUAUUGCAGACAACAAAUGAACGACUCAAAACACCUCUGGAGAACCUUGCAUUUUACUGCAGCGAGGAUUUAAUCAUGGCGAUUAUGGAAAGGUUCGAGGUUAAAGCUUCCCGAGUUACCGGAGCCCUGCGCCGUCGAUUAUGGCCUACUGUCAUACGCCGCGGAUUCAAGCGCGUAAUUCGUCUUCUCCUGGAUCGAGGCGCAGCCAUUGAUGAUAUUGCAUUGCCAUAUGGCACGUCGCUAUCAAUAGCCGCCGCUUGUGGCAAUGAGGAUAUGGCGGCUUUCCUUAUACAGCAAGGAGCGGAUCUGAAUGGUCCUGGGGGAGACUAUGGAACACCUUUAGGAGCAGCUGUUCAUUUUGUACAGGGAAGGGUAGUUGACCUUUUGAUGCAACAUGAAGUCGAUUUGGAUCAAGCUGUACGGCUAUCACCCGAUUCCGAUGAUAAAAAAUGGAAUCGUGUGGGUGGUAGGUUCAUGAAAGUCGCGAAUGUUCUGCAAGAGCGUGGACGCAGAUACGAUCCUGACAACGUUGGUGCGUUGAAAGUACAAUUUUGGGGAUGGUAA